CUCAUCAACUUUUCUUUACAACUAUACCAGUACCAGCUUUUUAAAGAGAGAGAAACCACAACUCAAGUGCGCUUCUGUUUCAGUUUUCUGUACAAGAGAAGUCAUAGAUUUAACUUUUGGUCAGCUUUGCUUGAUUUCAUUUACAUUUUCUAUUCUGGAAAUCUUUGUCUCGGAGCCAUGAAUCCAUGUAUCCCUGAAUGGAAUUUUGAGGUUGAUCUCCCUGUCACCAAUCAGAAUAAACCCAUCGGGCCAGAGCAUGACCUUGUAGAGCUCUUAUGGCGAAAUGGGCAGGUAGUUUUGAACAGCCAAACGCAUAGGAAACAAGGUCUAAAUCCUAAUGAGUCUAGACAAGUCCAAAAACAAACUUUAAGGGAAAGUAGCUCAUAUGGGAAUUCAAGUAAUUUGAUUCAAGAUGAUGAAACGAUCUCAUGGAUUCAAUACCCGCUUGAAGACUCCUUCGAGAAAGAAUUCUAUUCCAAUUUUUUUUCAGAGCUGCCAUCUGGUCCGAUGGAAACUGAUAAGCACACAAAACAACUUGGAGAAGAAAAGUUGGUUAAAUUUGGUGCUUCAGGUGUGGCCACAAUUUCACAACCACCAAAUGUUACCAAUCCGGUCGUCCCUGGAAUGAGUAGGAAUACAAUGCCUCCUCCAAGAUUUGAGCUUCACGAUGCAGCCCAGCAAGACAAAAAUUUAAGUGGCUUUGGAGUUGUUAAUUUUUGUCAAACCACAGCUCCCUUAAAGGGCGAACUAGGAUCUUCUAAUGGACAAUUUGUUCAAAAAGGGACUGGAAAUAUGACAAAGGGGGAGGUCAGGGAGUGUUCAAUGAUGACAGUUGGGUCAAGCCAUUGUGGUAGCAAUCAAGUUGCAUAUGAUCUUGAUAUGAGCCUAGCUUCCAGCAAUGGUGCGGGUACUACUGGUAUAUCUCCUGGAAAUUUAAACAGUGAUGUCCGGAAAGUAAUUUCUCAAAGUGAGAGAGGUAAAACUGAGACACUUGAUGCAACUGUUACUUCAUCUUCUGGUGGAUCAGGCAGUAGUUUUAAUAGAACAAGCAAGCAAUGUACUGGGGAUAUUAGCCGCAAGAGGAAGAACAGAGAUGCAGGGGAAUCUGAGUGCCAAAGUGAUGCAGCUGAACUUGAUUCAGCUGGGGGGAACAAAUCAUCCCAAAGAUCUGGGUCAUGCCGCAGGAGCCGUGCUGCUGAAGUGCAUAAUCUCUCAGAGAGGAGACGAAGGGAUAGGAUCAAUGAGAAGAUGAAGGCAUUGCAAGAGCUCAUACCCCACUGCAACAAGACAGAUAAAGCAUCAAUGCUAGAUGAGGCAAUUGAAUACUUGAAGUCUCUCCAGUUACAACUUCAGCUUUUUCAGGUCAUGUGGCUGGGAAGUGGUAUGGCCCCCAUGAUGUUUCCGGGAGUUCAGCAUUAUAUGUCUCGCAUGGGUAUGGGAAUGGGUCCGACACCGUUGCCAUCUAUGCCCAAUCCUAUGCAUUUGUCUAGGGUCCCGCUAGUUGAUCAAUCCAUGUCUAUUGCCCAAGCACAAAAUCAGGCUGUAAUGUGUCAAAAUUCGAUGUUGAAUCCAGUUAAUUACCAAAAUCAGAUGCAAAAUCCAAACUUCUCUGAUCAAUAUGCACGUUAUAUGGGUUUUCACUCUAUGCAAACGACCUCUCAGCCAAUCAACAUGUUUAGAUUUGGUUCUCAGAGUCGAACUAUGUCACCGCCUAGCACUAGUUGUGGACCCGUCACGGGAGGAGCUGCAACAGAUAAUGCCUCGCUAAGUGGCAAGACGGGUUAAUCAAUGAGAAAACCAGGAAGGAAACUUAUGACAUACUUAUGGUCCCCCUAUAUUUAUAAUGGGACCAUAGGAAGAUGGUGAAAGCUUUGUUCAUGCUGGUGGCUAUUUGGUACAUUUAUUUAUUGCAUAGCAUAUCAAUUCCACAUUGAUUGCUCUGUUAUAAGUUCUCACCGGAUAGGUAAAAGAGUUAUAGCUCCGAUGGGUAUUUAUGAGGGGAACAAACAACCGUCACAAGAGUCGAGUCGUCAUGUCUCAAUCACAAAUUGGUUCAUUGAACUUGCUACGUAAGGUUACGAUGGUGAUGGAAUGAGUCAAUUCGAACUUUAGUGCUGCAAGGAUUGAGACGGGAAUUAACCUUCUGCUGGAAUAUUUUUUUCCUGCCCUCGCAAAAAUCAAGAUUGUUGUUGCUAUUACAUAAUAUGUAUAACUAGUUACAUGCAUUUUCUUGCCUGUUGGCAUUAACAUGUAAAAGCUCCUGCUAUCCCUCUUACCUUACAAGUAGAACUGGAUGUGUAAUAAUUCUUCAGCCCCUGAAACUUAAAGCAUGAAAACUCCAAUAACA